GGAAAGUGAAAGUCCACAGUGCUGUAUGUGGUUUUGUAGACAUGCAGGUAGUUGGCACUGAAAGUCCACAGUGCUGUAUGUGGUUUUGUAGACAUGCAGGUAGUUGGAGAAUUCUCCCUGCAUAUGCUGGUAGUGUUGCAAACACGGCACAUCACCAGACAACCGCAUUAGUUUAUCAAAAAGCACUGACUUUAUAUCAACUAUUUUCACGACAAAGUAUUAACAUCAAAAUUUAGCUUCCACUUGUUUGUUAAAGAUUAAUUCAUAGCAUGCUACUUUAAAAAUAGUGACUCUGUACACAACCCAUGUCUCACUCCAAGCUCAUCUCAAAAACUGGCAAGUUUGUUAGAAAUAAUGUAAUGAAGAAAUAGACACAUCAAAAGUAAUUGGGGUUUCCUGUUGUUUUUAUUAAAUUUUAGUAAAUCUAAUAUAUUUUACAUAAUGCCACCGUAAUAACUGGAUCCAUUUACGCUAAAUCUAUAGACAGCAGCGCUAUCACUUGCACCACGUGUUCGUCACGCAGGGUGGCGUUUUUUUUCAGUUAGAAAAUUUAAAAAUUUCCCUCCAAGUUUCCCGCCGGACCGCUUUAUUUGCAGGGACUUCCGCCCGCAGUUUACAUAUCCCCGCGUCGUUUUCCGGGUGGUGGUUACACUCAGGCGAGCGGAGCCGUCGUUAUAAUCAACCUUGUAAACAAAAGUUGCUUAACGGGUUGACUUCAGCGAUACGUGAAGGGGAAAGACAUGCAUAUCAAAACUGGUACAUGGGAAGCAAGCAACACUGUGUGCGAGUCCGAAACCCUGUGUGACCAAGCAGUCCUCGUGUCGGCAACCAAGUCCGAGCCCCAGAUCCGUAACCGCCGCCUGUCUCCUGGUUCGGGAAACUGCGGAGGAGGAGGAGGCGGCUGCAUCUCCGGAAACGCCCAGUCUCCACGACAACGGUCCCCCCAGUGUGAGCCGAACGGCCCCAGCCACGCCCACGGCCCGAGCUUCCGCAGGGAGAAGGAGCGCAAGAACCAGCCUCACAAGGGCCGCUCCGUCCGGAGGGAGAGCCAGAAGGGGGCGCUGCGAGCCGGCGAGCGCCCACUAAAGGCCAAUCAGAAGGAGAAGUGGGUGGAGGACAGCCUGUCGCUGCUCAAGCCUCCGCCCGCUUUCCCGGUGCAGGACAGUCCUGCCAAGCUGCAGCCGGCCGUGAGCUACGCCUCCAAGGUGAAGGCCGGAGCAACGAGCGGAACGCUGGAGGAGGAGCGGCCAGCCAUCGGGGACCUGCUGCAGAACCAGUGGGGUCUGAGUUUUAUUAGUGAAACUAAGCCAAUCACAGAAGGGCCCCUCCUUCACCCUGCUGCUAGCCCUCUAGUGGACACAGAGAGCAAACACUCAGCGGACCUACAGCAUGACGCAGCUCUCACAGUUCAGCUCCAGGAGGAAACUCCUGUUCCUGCUUCUGAGGCCGAGGCGCAGCAGGCCAACGGGGACCUCCUGCUCAGCUGUCGCCAUCUAGUGGAGGCUUUGAACUAUCACAAUAGAGAAUGGAAUAUAAUCUGUAACAGACAGAAGAAAGGUCCAAAAAGAGUGGUGUGGUACAAGGAGACCCAGGAGCGCCCGGCCUAGCAGUGUGACCGACACACAGCAUCAAACGCCUACAGAACACACACACACACACACACCUUCACGCACAUUUAUACUCAUGGAAGACGGACAAAUUUGAGUCCCAUUCUCACAAGCUGCACUCAGGACGAUGUCUUCACAUAAAGCCACACUGAGACACUUUGGACUAACUCCUUUGAGAUCUUACAGCAAUGGACUUUUUUUAACGCCUUACAGAAAGCCUGCCUUAAAUAAUCACCUCAUUCCCAUUUUAGCUUCUUCCUGUAAACCUGGUCUUUUCCCCCCUCAUACACUGUUUAUUUUCUUUUAACAAUAUCCAAGGAGUCUAAUUUAAUGAGUUUUCUCCCCUUUUUGAAAGUUGCAGUUUUAUUCAAUGUUAUCCUCUGCAAAGCGAGUGGUCAAUCAAGCACUUUGUUUAAAACGGACCAGUGCGCGUGUGAGAAGCCCUCAGAUUUUUUUUCCCCCCUGUUUUGAAUUGGAAACCAGAAGAAUGUCCUGUACCUACUUGAGUUUUAUUGUUUAUGAAUGCAAGGGUUGUCGGUUUCAUGUCUUCAGUUUACAGAGGGGUGUAGUUAAAGGCACAGUACAGUUCACCCUUUACCCUACAGAUCUUAAUGCUGUGUUCUCAUAAUUAUUAUUUUUUUAUUUGGUUCCUAUCGGGUGAAUGUUUGAAUCCAUAAGGGAGGUCGCAAUGUUCUGUGUGGUAGCUUUUGAAAAUUUAUUUGAAUUAAAGCAAAAAUUACACUGGAGAAGGAGGAGGGACGUAAGAAAGUAUUGCUUAAUAAAAAUGAAUAAACUUGGA